AUGCUUUACAAGGGGCCGCUGAGGGCGGGAGGCGCGGGAGCACGAGCGCGAGCUGAGGCACGGCUGCCCGCCUCGGCGGCGACAGGAGAGCCGUGGCAGCGCCUCGGAGCCAGCGGGCAAGGUGUGACCCUAGAAGCCCUCAAAGAUGUUGGGUUUAAAGAAUUUAAUCUACAAGCUCGAGAAACAGGAGGAGAUGUUCCUGUUGGUACUUUUAAAAUUACAGAUCCAAACACAAAAGGCUUGGGAUGUCAUAACAUCACGAAUUCAGCAGUAAGUCAUGCAAAUUCUGAUCUGAAGCAGAAAAUUACAACAACAUGGAUUGCUCCAAAUGAUGUUAGAGAUCUUCAGUUCAUUGCAACUGUUGUUCAAGAUCUAGAGAAAUUUUGGGUUGGAAUUGAAAGCAAAACUCUCACAUCCACACAUUCUAAGUCAGUAAAUGGGACAGGAAAAAGUAAAAGGAAGCUUAUGAUAGAAAUUGAAUGCAGCAAGCGUGGAGGGACAUAUACCAGACAAGGUGGAUGUGUUGUGGUUCAACCUUCCGGUUCCUCUCAGAGCAGCUAUUCUAGUGGUCAGAGUGGAACAGUCUACACAAUAAGCAAGAGUGGAUGUGUCCCAGGAGGUGCUGCCAAUGCAUAUAGCCAGAAUGCGUGUAAAGAUAGUGCAUCCUCAUAUGGCAGUCUUACCUAUGGCCAGUCUGUUCCUGCAAGUAGUUCAGAUUCCAGUAAGAAGAUAGUGGUCGUUCCCAACAGCAACCCGUUUCCGCCUGUGCGUCAUACUUAUCCCCAGAGCUUGGGCAAUUCUGCUACUAAGAUCAUAGUACAGAGUGGACAAAGGCAACAAAGCAGCGGUGCUACUUACAUUCAGGGUGGGCCAACCUACACUAUCAGCAGCGGUUCUUACGGACAGGGCUCCCGAGGCAGCCAGACCUAUGGUCAGAUCUCUCAGCUUCAACCUGGCAGUUCUUAUGGCCAGGUCUUCCAGCCACAAGGAGGUGCUUCCUAUGGCCAGGGUGGGCCAACCUACACUAUCAGCAGCGGUUCUUACGGACAGGGUUCCCGAGGCAGCCAGACCUAUGGUCAGGUCUAUCAGCCACAAGGUGGCACUUCCUAUGGCCAGCAGAGUGGAUUUUCUUCUUCAGGUGGCAGUGGAGGUUGUGGACAAGGUACUUCAUAUGAUAGCAAUCCUUGCCACCAGGAUGGAUCUCAGAGUGGUAGCCAGCAGGGUGGAUCAUCAUCCUCACAAAAUUAUGGUGGCAACCAGGGAGGAUCACAAAGCUAUAGUAGUGGCCAAGGUGGAUCGUAUUCACAAAACUAUGGUGGCGGCCAAGGUGGAUCAUAUUCACAAAACUAUGGUAGUGGCAAAGGUGAAUCAUACUCACAAAACUAUGGUGGUGGCAAAGGUGGAUCAUAUUCACAAAACUAUGGUAGUGGCCAAGGUGGAUCAUACUCACAGAACUAUGGUGGUGGCCAAGGUGGAUCAUCUUCUCAAAACUAUGGUGGCAGCCAGGGUGGAUCAUACUCACAAAACUAUGGCGGUGGCCAGGGUGGAUCAUCCUCCUCCGACAGCUAUUAUGAUAGUCAGGAUUCACAGGAUUUCUCAGAUGAUAAUCCCAAUGCCUGUGAUGAUAAUGAUACUACAUAUAGUGCUAAUAGUCGGAGUUCUAGCUGUGUGAAGAGGAAAGUUGUUGUCAGAGAUACAUCACAUGUUUUAAGCAGAAGAGACUAUGAUGUCCAGAAUGAAUCCUCUACUUCAAACAACAGCCACACUAACUACCAGGGUGGAUCAUUCAUUGCAACUGGUGGUGGAUCAAGUGGUCAGGGUGGUUGCAUUUGUCCUGAUGGAAGCAGCGGUGUUAGACAGGGAGACCCUGGUUCUUCAUACAGCACAUAUUCUGGUAACCAGGGGGGAUCUUCAUUCUACCAUGGAGGAUCCUAUGGACAGGGAGGCCCAGGUUAUUCCCACAGCUCUUAUUCUGGAAACCAGGGAGGGUCUUCCUUCUCUCCUGGUGGAUCUUACGGACAGGGAGGGUCUUCUGUCAGUGAUAACGGCAGUGAAUCCUAUGGUCAGGAUGGAUCUUCUGCAUAUGGUGGCACUGCAUCUUAUGGUCAGGAUUCACCUUCCAUGGGAGUUAGUGAAUCUGAUUACAGUGAUUCUACCUCACCAUCUUACAACCGUCAGAGUGAACGGGAUUUUUAUUCCCCUGGAGGCAGCCAGUCAGGUGGACAUGGAUUAUCUUCUCAAGGUGGUGGCUAUUCUGGUGGACAGGGCUCAUUCUCAUCAGGAACCAACCAAUAUGGUGGGCAGGGUUCACCUUCCAGAGGCAGCCAAUCUGGUGGACAGGGUGGAUGUGAUUGCUCUGGUGCAAGUUCUAGUGGAUCAUCUUCCUCACUCAGAAGUAAUUCCUCUUCAAAUGACACAUCUUAUUCUGGAGGAAGCCGUUACAGUAGCUAUGAUUCCACCUCGCCAUCUUACAACCGUCAGAAUGAACGGGAGUCGUAUUCUUCUGGAGCUAGUCAAUAUGGUGGACAAGGAUCACCAUCUUAUGGAAGCAGCCAUUAUGGUGGACAAGGUUCACCUUACUCGGGAGGCAGCCAGUAUGGAGGACAGGGUCCAUCUUCCUCAGGUGGCAGCCAGUAUGGAGGACAGGGCUCACCUUCCAGAGGCAGCCAAUCUGGUGGACAGGGUGGAUGCUAUUGUCCUGGUGGGAGCCCGGGCUCUUCUGGAGGAAGCAACUACCAUGGUGGACAGGGUUCAUCUUAUUCUGGAAGCAGUCAGUAUGGAGGACAGGCAAGCAACUCCUCUUUCAAGAUGUUCUUCCUACCUGUUACUUAUUAA